GCCGCCUCGCACGCCGCAAUCAAGCGUGCCCUACGGACAGCGCACGCGCACGCGAUCACACACCCCGCCUCCCCUCUCCCACACGUGCACCUGGUAUCAGUGAAAACCUCAUGAUACCCAUCUGAUUCUCACCAUGCAAGAGCAAAGUUCGUCAAGAUCGAAUAAGUCAACGCUCAACUCACUGGAAAGCGCAAUUAUCAAGUUGAAAAACAACCUCCAAAUUCAAGACACCAAAAGCGACAUGAACGGACUUUUAGUUGAGCCAGUAUCUCCGCAGACGGACAAGUCACACGCAAGUAAGAGCUCAAGUUCCUCCUCCGCGAACAUAAACAUGUCGAUAGCAUCAGCGGCACUAUUACAAGAGAACAUGUUGCAGAGAUCUUUACAAGGCGUUGUGAUUUCAUUGCAAAACGCAAUGAUGAAUUCUUUACAACAGGCCGCGCUUUUACCUUCGAAUUCCGCCGCCGCUGCCGCUUUGAACUUACAAGCUUUAGAGUCUUAUUUGACAUUACAACGUUUGACAUCUGUUUCUUCAGUUAACAAUGUUACAAGUCAGGCUAAUACAUCAGAAACAAAUUCGUCAUCUAAACAAGAUAUACUUAGAAUAGCAACGGCAAGUGCUAAAAUAAGUGAAAUUGAUGUGAUCGACAGUUCGUCAAAAGAUUACUCACCGAAAACACCCGAGGGAUAUCCGUUAUCUGAUGCCAUCGCCGCUGAAGAUGUAGAUCUAUCUGAAGAAGUUGAAGAAGACCUAGCAUUAUUAGAUAAUGAAGACGAGUUCACUUUGGAACAGCAUUUGGAAUCAACAUCGAAAGGAUACGGCUACAAUUCCCCACCGUCUUUAGACAAUGGCUAUCCAAGUCUUCUAAUGAACGCAGUAUACCAGCAGCAACUGAACAGCAGUCCCUCGCAGCCUCCUCUAUCACCACAACCAUCGAAUUCGUCAAAAUCAACAAAUAGUUCCACUUCUUCGAGUAGUAGCAUAUGUAAUAAACAAAAAACCGCAGGAAGCGGACCUAGGACAAAGAAGCAAUUUAUCUGUAAAUUUUGCAAUCGGCAAUUUACAAAAUCGUAUAAUUUGCUUAUUCAUGAACGAACUCAUACAGAUGAGAGGCCGUAUUCUUGCGACAUCUGCGGGAAGGCUUUCCGACGGCAAGAUCACCUAAGAGAUCACAGGUACAUCCAUUCUAAAGAAAAGCCUUUCAAAUGUCUCGAAUGCGGAAAAGGGUUUUGUCAGUCAAGAACAUUGGCGGUCCACAAGAUUCUGCACAUGGAAGAAUCUCCACACAAAUGUCCCGUUUGCAGUAGAAGUUUCAACCAAAGGUCGAACCUGAAGACCCACCUUCUAACGCACACCGAUAUAAAGCCAUACAACUGUUCGUCAUGUGGGAAGGUCUUCAGAAGGAAUUGCGACCUUAGACGCCAUAGUUUAACGCACAAUCUCGUUGGCAUAUCUUCUGUUAAUACCUCUCCAAGCGGAAGUAACGGGAAGAGUCCAUUGCUUAACCCGAAUUUCCCAAUUGACAGUUUAGAUACAGAGGACGAAAAUUAGCUGUUUGUUUUGAAUUGAGAAUACAAAAAGACUGAUAUUAUCUCCUAUUCAACGGUGCCUUUUAGAUUUAAGAAUUAAUAAUGUAUGUAACCUUAAAAUUAGUUUCUGGAUAAUGUAUCAAUUUAAAAUUUUGGUACAAAAAUUAUUCCUACAGUUGCUCUAGUUUCUAUCUUAAGUUUGUGAAUUGAAAUAUUGUAGAUAAAACUAUUGGUGUAGUGAAAUUUAUAUCUGGAUAUACAUUUUUAAUACUGAGACGUCAGCAGAAACGGCUACGUUCGUAUUGUUUAGUAUUAAUAUUUCUUGACUUGUAAAUUUUCUGAUCUCAUUUUGUAUAUGUAAAUAUAAAUUAUUAAGGAAAACGCCUUUAUAAAAUCCGUCCUAUUCUUUGAGAGCUAUGUACAAAGUCUUCCUCUGUUUGUAAAAGCUAUUGUAUUAAGUAAUAAACUGUAAGUAAACCUCAAUCUGUAUUAUUGAAGAUC